CUGUUUUUUAAGCCAUAUGUAUCUAUGGGCAAUUUUGACAGAUCUAUUUUGUUUUGAGUCACAGUGACACAGCAACAGCUGACUAGCAUGUUAGCUAAGAGCUUCGUACUGUCGUGAAUUUGCCUCAAUUAUUAGAUAGAUAUUCGUUGUAAUUAAGCUUAGCUACUAUAUGCCUUUUUAUUUUUCCCAACAUAAGGCAUUUCGGACUAUUUGUGUUUUUCUAUUUGCGGAACCAGAACGAACUAUAGUAACUUAACUAGUUACGUUAGAUAACACUACGUUAACUAGUCGGAUAGCUAGCUAGAUAACACUAGCUAGCUAGUUCGUACACAUUGAAGACAACACAGCACUCAACCUAAUUUUACACCAUCAAGCUGAAUUAUGGAUCCAAAUAACACCUCGUACGCUGUGAAACUGUAUGUUUACGACAUAUCUAAAGGAAUGGCUCGCCAGCUGAGCCCCCUCAUGCUAGGUAAACAGCUUGAUGGAAUAUGGCACACUGCUAUAGUUGUACAUGGAGAGGAGUUUUUCUAUGGGGGAGAUGGCAUCACAAACUGCCCACCUGGCGGAACGUCCCUAGGACAACCCAACUCCAUAAUAGACCUGGGCACCACAGAGGUGACUGAGGAGAUCUUUAUGGAGUACCUGUCUUCACUGGGAGAGUCCACGUACAGGGGGAACCAAUACCAUCUGUUUGAGUGGAACUGUAACACGUUCAGUAACGAAGUGGCCCAGUUCCUCACUGGCAGCAAGAUCCCCUGCCACAUCACAGACCUGCCGGCUGAAGUGCUCUCCACGCCUUUCGGCCAGGCGCUACGCCCUCUACUGGACUCCAUCAAUAUUGCACCUCAGGGGGGCAACACCUUCAACGGACACUAUGGCCAGAGAUAGACCAGAGAUAGACCAGAGAUAGACCAGAGAUAGACCAGAGAUAGACCAGAGAUAGACCAGAGAUAGACCAGAGAUAGACCAGAGAUAGACCAGAGAUAGACCAGAGAUAGACUGAUAACACAGGUGCACAGAGUAAUAUAUUACACCAACAGUCUGUGUGUGAGGGGUGGGAGAUCUGCAGCUCACCUUUUGUGAGUCCCUUAGGCUGCGUUUACACAGGCAGCCCAAUUCUGAUAUUUUUUUCACUAGUUGGUCUUAUGACCAAUCAGAUCAGCUCUGAAAAACAUCUGAUGGGAAAAGAUCUGAUGUGAUUGGUCAAAAGAGCCAUUAGUGACAAAAAGAUCAGAAAUGGGCUGCCUGAUGUAUGUCAGUCAGUGGGCCAGGCAGAAACCUAAGCCUACCUGACCUCUUUAAUACCUUAACACCAACCAAGCCUGGCACACCCCAUCCCCAGCCGUAACUUGAUUAUACCUAACUCUCCCCUUUUCCACUAUAAAGUUGGCCUGAUCCGUGCUGUAUUUUAGUAUGUCCACGGAUAUCAAGAUGGCCGUAAGUAUAUAAUAAGAUGGAGCUUUCUUCUACUCUCCGUAGGAUCCCAUGAUCGGCUGAAUGUAAAACUAGAGAGCUGCAAGGUUUCUCUCUAGAAAGUGCAGCUCUUUCCUACACGGGUGGGGGUAGGGUACCUUUUACAUACCUUCUAUGUUUUACUAAAUAAGUAUUAAGCUAUUUUACUGUUAUAUUGUUUUGUGUUCUUUUUUAAUUACCAUGAUAUGACUGGGUUGCCACUAGAGGGAGCGAAGGAAAGGAAAAGAGAAACAGCUAAAGUGGUGAUAAAAUCUAGCCAAAUUCUGAUUUGCACUUGCCUUUGUAUUGGGAACUUGCGUAUUCACAUGUCUUCGUACCAACUGUCUUGUGUCAAGGUUUAUCCAUCCCUUGAAUACAUCGUCACACACACUCAGGGUCAUCAUGCGACGACCUCAAAGUACUGAAUGUGUGAUUUUUAUAACUAAAGAUACCAUAGCCGGUCGUUUCAAAUCGGAACAAAUUAGUCAUAAUGGGCAGAACAAGCAAGGAGGUGGGCAGAGCCAGUUACAAGCUAGCGAGAUCCUUUUGGCGCGUUCUAGCAUACAUUCGCAUAUUUCUGCUAGGGAACACCUACUCUGUGAAGUGCGCGUGUGCAAUAACUCAAUUCGCUUUUGCACUUCUAAACAGUGCCAUUUUUUAAAAACUUUAGCAAAGGGUAAAUUCUAGGAAACUUAGUCCACUCUGUUCAUAACAGAUUAAAGUUUUGGGAACAGAACUGUAUUGAGAUCAAAUGUUUCAUCAAUUAGAAAUUAGCAGAAUCUCAACCAAAAUCCAUCUCGUUCCAUCUUCUCCCACUGCUGGCCACUGGGCCUCCUCUCACGGCAAAAGCAAAGCGGAUGCUUCACAUUUAUACAGUCGGUGAAAUAUCUGGCUCAUUGUUCUAUCUGUGUCUGAAUCUUUCCAGAGUUUGUAUUCCCAUACCUUUUCAAAUGAGCAGGAAUACACCAUAUACAGGAGUUCUCUAAGAUUGAAAUGUUAUGCAAAAAUCACUCUUCAUAUCACGAAUCAUGCCAAUCUCUAUUCACUUUUCCCCUGAUAUUAUCAGUGAUUUUUCUUUUGUGGUAUAUUUAUUUAUUUGGAUAAUAUAUAUAUAUAUAUAUAUAUAUAUAUAUAUAUAACACAAGGCUGUCUUUGCAAGUUAAAUAUUUUAAUGAAUUCCCUAAUGUCAUUAUGGUCAUAUCGUUAUAGCUAUUGUAUCAUCAAGGCUAAUCUAUUCAGUCAUUCACAUUGGUGUUAAGUCAAUGUUGUGAUAUCCCCCCCCAAAAAUCCAUCCUUACCCUCUCCACUAUUGUGAUAUAAAUGAUCCCGUUUAUAUUUUACGAAACUCUUGCCACUACUUGAUAAAGAACCUUUCUCUAUAA